GAUGAGUUGGAGAAUGAUGUUGGGUAUCAACUUGAGAACUAUGAAUUUCUCAAGGUUGAAUAAAUAUUUUUUUGGUGUUUAUUGGGAUCACAUCAUGGAAUCAGCAGGUCGAACAUACAACAUUCAAAUAGCAUGGAGUAUUUAAUCGAAGACAGUGCCACAAAAAGGAAAGGAAUAUCCACAUCAGCGAAAAUUCUAAUAGCUGCCACUGGUGGGAUUGGCGUUGGACUUAGUGUUAUUUGUGCUUCCUUCGUAGCGCCAGCGUUUCGACGGAUUUGUCUGCCGUACGUUCCAGCCACAAAUGAGCAGGUUAGAAAUGUGCUCAGCUUCUUACCUAAGAACUCACAAAGCAAGCUAUUGGACAUAGGAUCUGGUGAUGGACGAAUUGUUGUGGCUGCUGCUAAAAAUGGUAUACUUGCCGAUGGAGUAGAACUAAACCCUUGGUUGGUUUGGUAUUCACGACUGUCAGCUCUACGACAGGGUGUAAAACGCCAAACGCGUUUUUAUAGGCGAGAUCUGUGGAAAUACAGCGUGGCGCCAUACGAUUAUAUAGUUAUAUUUGGAGUAGAGCAGAUGAUGAAAGAUUUGGAGAGCAAGUUGAUUGCAGAAUCAAAGGAAAACGCAAAAAUUAUUGCAUGCCGGUUUCCAUUGCCGGGUUUGCAGCCCCAAAGCGUUGCUGGAGAUGGUAUUGAUACAGUUUGGUUUUAUAAUUUAAACAAAGUUAAAUCGACCGCGAAUAAGAGAGCAUAAUACAAAAUAAUUGGAAGCGCCCUUGCAAUAAAAAUGGUAGUUAUUUAUGUGGAGUUUUUAUUUGCGGUGUAUUUGUGAUAUACCUAAUUAUGCAAAUGGAGUCAAGCUAUUCAUUAAUCAAGCCCUUUGUCAUAAGGCUUGGCAAAAUUGUUGAAAAUUGCAUACAAACACAUAUAAAAAGUGGACAUUUUUACUAUACAUAUUUAUGAUUAUGAUGGACUAAAGUUUAAUUUAGAAAACGAAAACCGAUGUUUGUAAUAAAGUUUUUGAAAGUGGCAUAAGUCGCUUCGUAACUCUUGCGCUUAAAUGACAGGCUAUUGUAACCGAAUGCAUCUGUAAAUCGGUCUAUGGUCACGACAAAACCUUCUACUUUUCAGAUAACCGGUUAUAUAAGCACGAGUUGUGAUGUGACAUAUGCCUUUCAAAAUAAACGGCUUAUAUAAUGUUCCUGAAGUUUUCAUAGAUGCUAAGUAUUCUUAUACAUAAAUUAGAAAAAGGAAAAUAAAGAUGAGAGGGUGUCGGUAUGCAUACUU